GAUACACCUGCUGGCUGCCAUUUGAUUGCAUUAAUGUGGCGCUCUGGAAACAAGCAUCAAACCUAUAAAUCCGAAGUGCAAAGCUUUGACGACAGAGUUAGUCGCUCUCGCUAUAUGCACAUUUAAGUCCACUUUGUCACUUUCACAUCUAAGUAUUGCGGUGUUUUGUAUCCUGUGCUGUUUUUCUUCAUCUCUUCACAAGAAAUGGAAGGAAUGACCAACACUUCACAAUCAAUGGGGGUUGGGCAACCUCACCAUCCAGUAAACCACACCAGACCCUUUUUCUAUGUUCAGCCACCAUCUCAGCCUUAUUUCAUGUAUCAAUGGCCCAUGAAUCCAUAUGGCCACUAUGGCUUUCCAGGGCCAGCUCUGCACUUCGGCCGUCCCUACAUGGCCCCUUAUCAGUUUAUGCAGUAUCCUGGGUAUGUGAUCCCACAUGCACCCAUGCAGCCAAUCGAUUACAGAAGAAUCAACCCCCACUUCCCCUCUGUUGCAUCCUACGAUUUGCGUGUCCGCCAGCACUUUCAACACGCAGGGAUGCAUCGGGAGACUGCCUGUUCUGAGGUCCAAACAGAUCCUAGUGAUUCAGUCAACAAACUGAUAGACAAAAUUGAGAGUCUGAAGGCUUGUGAACAAGGUGGUGAAAAGGGGCUUAACACUGUGGUUUCCUCUACUCCUGAUGUAGUGGAGACCACAGGAGAGAAAUUGACUGGUUUAAAUGAAGACUCUAAGUUAGAGUUUUCCUCUCAGGAAGGUAAGGAGGAACAAGUUAAUCAGGUCACAAGGCCUACGACCUACAGUGACUCUGCGUAUGAUGCUGACUCUAGCCAGGGUAGACUGGACGAAUGCGUGUUAUCAGAUGUGCUACCCCUUGACAGUUCUUCUGUCCAUGAGGAAGAGGAUGCCAAUGAGAACGAUGAACAACCGAGUGUUGCUGAAGAACUGUGCUGCCAAAAUGGAAAGCCAACAACCAGUGCAACUGGCAAUGUGCUCUGUAGUGGUAUCAAAAGCACUGCUGAUCCAACAGAGAACCUUGAUUUGGAGAAACCAGGUGAUGAGCAGGUACAAAAUAUGGCGUCUACUGAUGCUGCUGCAGUUAUGGAGCCCCUUAUAAAUCUCUCUGAAGACUUUGACCUGCAGUAUCAAAUCCUUCGCUUGCCCUGCAAUAAGACCACAACUGGCCUCAGUCUUGAACGAGAGAUUGAUCCACUUGUUUACUUCGAUACUCCAACUACUCUGUUGCCUCCACAAAACUAUCUGUCCUCAGUUGGCAGUGCAUAUUCCUACAGCUACUACCCUCAAGUGACCCAAGAGCGCCAGAGUGUCCUGAGUCCAUCCAUAGAUGAGCUCUCUUCCAGAGAUGAAAUGUUCUCCACUGAUGUGGAGGAUCUCGAUCUCGUUCCGGGGCAUGUGUAUGUUGGUGGCGGCAGGCUGGCUGAAACCAGUGACGUGUCCGUUUGCACAAGAAAAGAGCUCUUGAGCAUGGAAAAAGCUCGCCCUGUUUGCCAGAAAACUUGCGUGUGCUGCGGCUCAAGCUUGCUGGAUGAGGUAGGAAUGUGCAAAAUGGCCGAACACAGCCAUCCUGAGAGAGAUGAGUCUGAUCAAGACUGCGAGUACGACCUCAAUGCAGAGGUGCGGAGUAACUGUGAGUCGCCAAGAGUGUCCAAGAGGAAGUGUUGCAGCAGGCAUGCGCUGCCCUCUUGUGGGCAUCACUGUGCCAAACACCGGCACAGGAAGCCAUGGUGCGAAGGCCAAGAGAGCUGUGAUCUACGUGAGCAGGCUUGUGUGCAUCCCAAAGGAGAGUGCUGUGAGGAGUAUGGCUCUCUGGCUAAAGCAGAUAAGAGAAUUCAAAAGGGUGCCUUGUGCAGACCUUGUAUUGAACGACAAUGGAGAGAGGGUGUUGUUUCUGACCAAGAGAAUUGGGCAAGCUGUGGUGCCAAACCCAGGGCUUGGAGGCAAGUUAGUGGACCUCAAGAUCAAGGGAGAACUCCAUUGAGAAGGCCGACUUGUAAGGCAGUCCACCAGCAAAGGCCAAGAAGUGAAUAUGAUGAGGCUGACUUUACCUACUGCCAGAGAGGCAGAGGUGCUAUGAAGAAAAGAGGCACAAGAUACUAAACCACGAUGCACUGCUGUAAUACUUAAAUGUAUUACCCAAAACUUGUGUAAAAUGCACUUCAAAGAAUGUACACAUGGACACUGUUCUUGACUGUAUGUAACUUUAAAAAAAAAAAGUAUGGCAGUGAUGUACACCUUGCUGCACUUCCAGUGCUCAAGUUAACUUUCUAUUUUGGGUGCUAUGCAUUCAUCUUAAUAUAAUACUGAGACUGCUCUCACUUGACCAGGCCUUGACCUAUGCCUAGAAACCCUUUUUUCUCACGUGGCUGGAUCUGGGAGGUGUAGAUCUUGUCUGGUGUGCAAGGGCUUAGAAUCUUUGCAUGGUCAAGGACUGGCCCACUGCGACCGGUUUCAAAUGUUGGGCACUGGAGAUACAGCUGGUUUAUGGGUGAUGCAGGGGGGGAAAAAAAGGGAGGAUGAGAAAUAAAGUGGACAAUUUGGCAGUUUAGCCACUCUUAGUCCAGAUGUCUUUGUUUUAUUACUGUGCUAUUUUUAUACAUCAGUGUAAUGUUGACAUGCAGAAAACUCCACCUAGCUGUACAGUGUUAUUGUGUCAUUAAAGCCUCGGCAUUGCACUUGA